AUGGGGUACAACGUCGUUCGCUUGGUACUAGCGGCCCUGGCUGUUCUCGUCGUCCAACGGAAACUGGGAGCGCAGGGACGCAGAAGAGAUAAACGCAUCACGCGCGAUCACGAGCGCGUCCUCAUCCUCGGCGCCUCCAGCGGCGUCGGCCGGGCUGUCGCGAAACGAUAUGCAGCUCGUGGGGCGCUCGUCUGCGUCGUCGCUCGACGUGCCGACGAAAUCGCCAACUUGGCCAAGGAGUGCGGGGAGAAGUGUAUCUGGCACGUUGCGGAUUUCAGCAAGGUCGACGACCUGGUUGGCCUGAGGUCCCGACUCGACGAGGAGUGGCAGGGCCUGGACACCCUGCACAUCUGCGCCGGCGUAUCGGCCCUGCAGCCCGUAAUGGCUCUCACCGGAAUCAAGUCCGCCAAUGAGGAUGCAGAUGCUGCGGGGAUCCAAAGGGCUGUCGACAUCGCCGGACGUGCUGUCGCGGGCAACUUCAAUGGACCGCUGACCUCUGCUCUGACAUUCAUCCCCAUGUUGACGAGGACGUCCAAAUCACCAUCGAUCCUGCUCGUUUCCUCGGUGGCAGCGGUCAUCCCGGCGCCCACCAGAGCCCUGUACGCGGCGACCAAAGCCUCCUCGUUGUUGCUAUUCCAGGCUUUGGCCAUUGAGCACCCCAAGAUUGCAUUCACCCACGUCCUCCCCGCCACCAUUGAAGGGAACUUCCGGGCAUCCGCAGUGGACUCCGGCCCCGUUAGGGAGGACGACCCAAACAAGCACGGAUUAAAGGUUGGAUACGUUGCUGAGAGGUGUAUCAGUUCGGUCGACGGUGGUGUCACGGGAAACGUUCUGUUGCCCAAGUUUCCAUACGCUGUUGCGCAGUAUCUGUAUCUGUUGUGGCCUUCUUUUAUUGAGGGCCGGGCACGUAAGAAGUACAACUUCGAGGCAUAG